ACCUCUGCUCCAGCGAGUGGGAGGAAGAAGGGAGAAGACCUUGUAGCGAGAUGACAAUGACCAGCCUCUCUGGGGUUCUCUCCCACUUCCCUUCCCUUCCCAGAAGAAGUCACCGUUCUGGGAUCUCUCCCUCUGUUGGAAAGUUUGGGUCGGGGGGUAGACGGGAAGGCUCUGGGUGGGUAAGGUCGGCGCUGCAUCACCCCCAGACCAACAAGGCAGGGCAGUGAAGGGCCAGAGCGGUCAACAGCCACGCCACGUGCUCAGAGCAGUAGUGGAGGGAGCACUGCCUUUGGGGAGAGGAGGCGCGCCCCUAACUUGAGUAGGGGGCGGGGAGGGCGAGCAGGAGGAGGCAGGUUCCGGCACAAGACAUGGGGGUAGGGGGAGGCCGAGAGCACGCGGACAAAGGAGGCGGCCCUCAGCCCAGCUGUUUUGAAAAAUGCUUCCUGUUUCUUUAAAGGCGCUCGCGGCUCGGGCGGCCUGGGCUAGGCAGGCGGCAGCGGCGGCGGCGGCGGCGGCGGCGGGAGCUGCCUCCUCUCCGGGCGGGCGGCGCUGAGUGAUCUAGCGAACUGGGCUUCUGUGUAAACUGAGGCUAAACAAACACAGAUGGAACGCAGCGGGCGUUCUGCUGAAAUGCUGGCAGGGCUGCAGCGACUUCUGAUGACACUCUGAGCUCUCCUGGGGGAACGGGCAGCCUCCGAGGCUUCACGGAGCCGGAGGCGCAGCUGCCCCGGGAGUGGGGGAGCGAGGGAGGGACCCGGGGAGGGAGGGUAGGAGGAGAGAGCUCGGCGACAAGGCGGCGCUGAGCAAGGCGGCCACCGGGCGCAGCCAGGCGCUCAGCGUGCAGAGCGAUCGCAGCGGGCGCGCGUCCCGGGCAGUCCCACGCCCCUGCCUGGCGCCGUCCGCGCCAUGAAGCACAUCCCGGUCCUCGAGGACGGGCCGUGGAAGACCGUGUGCGUGAAAGAGCUGAACGGCCUCAAGAAACUCAAGCGGAAAGGCAAGGAGCCGGUGCGGCGCGCGAACGGCUAUAAAACUUUCCGAUUGGACUUGGAAGCACCCGAGCCCGGCGCCACGGCCAGCGCCACCGCCGCCGCCGCCACCAACGGGCUCCGGGACAGGACACAGCCGUUCCCGAUCGUGACCCCAGUACCAGCCUCAGUGGCGCCAGCGGUGCCUCCAGGUGGAGGCACGGACACAGCCCGGGAGCUCAGGGGCAUCCGAGCGCCUGACGUCUCAGACGCGCGCAAACGCGGUUUCGCCCUGGGCACAGUGGGACCGGGACUACCCACGCCGCCACCGGCAUCCCAGAGCUUGGCACCCGAGCGUCCCGAGGCGCAGCCCUACCGCGAGCCGGCUCUGCGUCCCCGCAUCUUGCUGUGCGCCCCUCCCGCACGCCCCACGCCGUCUGCGCCUCCCGACCCCCCAGCGGCGCCACGAGAGUCCCCCGUGCGCCCUGCGCCCCCCACGCGCCCGGGGGAAAGUUCCUACUCGUCAAUUUCACACGUAAUUUACAAUAACCACCCGGAUUCUUCCGCGUCGCCUAGGAAACGGCCAGGCGAAGCGACCGCCGCCUCCACGGAGAUCAAAGCCCUGCAGCAGACCCGGAGGCUCCUGGCCAACGCCAGGGAGCGGACGCGGGUGCACACCAUCAGCGCAGCCUUCGAGGCGCUCAGGAAGCAGGUGCCAUGUUACUCCUAUGGGCAGAAGCUGUCCAAACUGGCCAUCCUGAGGAUCGCCUGCAACUACAUCCUGUCCCUGGCGCGCCUGGCUGACCUGGACUACAGCGCCGACCACAGCAACCUCAGUUUCUCCGAGUGUGUGCAGCGCUGCACCCGCACCCUGCAGGCAGAAGGACGCGCCAAGAAGCGGAAGCCUGAACUCAGUGUUCGAUGUCCACAAAGUGAUUCAGUGACCCUGCGUGACCCAGGUGAUCGAGAGAGGAAAGCGAAGGACUUCAGGCCAGAGACACACAGUAGCAGAGGGGAGAAGGAGAAGCAAAUUGAGGUGACAGGAGUGACCUGCCACAGGCUAGACCACGGACACUGCUGUGGGUCUCUUCCCAGUUGGGCCUGAGGAGAAAGACAGUCAGCCUCAUUCCCUGUCUUCUCCAAGAUGCUGCCAGAUACUCAGCCCACUUAACUGGCUCUCAGGGUCACCCAGGACCAGGGCAAGGGCAGCCUGCCUCCCUCUCGGUCUCCUGCCGUCCUCCAGCCGUCCAGGGUUACUUCAGAUUUUGCCUUCUGACUGGCGGGGCAGACUAUUGCCAAAGAUUCUACAGAGAUUGUCUGAGGAAAGUACAGGAUGAAGCCCCGACAGCACUAACCACACCAUUGCUGCCCGACCAAGUCCACCUCAAGCCAAAGACGGAUCAGCACUUCUGCCAGGAACUCAUGCAAGGAGCGGACAUUCGGUGACCUUCAGAAGCACGUAACCCUCUGGGCCAGUGCUCUGUCCGUGCUGGACCCCGAGCUGGCUGGGUGCACGACAGACAGGCUUUCUAGGGCUGUGCCGGGCAGGCUGUGGAAGGUGGGGUCUGAGAUCCUUGUCUCUUCCCGUUAGCCAUCCAGGCCUCUGACGCCAUGCCUGAUACUCUUUGGGUCCCGGCUCCUUCUUGGACUCCAGGCCUCCUGAGCAGGGAGGAAAGGGGUCCAGUGAAGAAGCAGUAUUGUCCAUACCCCACCCAGGACAUGCCCCGAGACAGCCUGUCCGAGGGUCUUUGCUCCCAGAGCCCACCCCGCCAGGUGCUCACCCGCGGCCGGGCUCAGGCUAGCACACAAGACAGCAGUAACCCUGCUGUAGGUCAGCUACCUUUGGACUUAGGGAGGAAGGGACCAGGGGAAUGGGCCAGUGUGUGGGGGAGGGGGCACGUUCAAAGCCAACGCCUGCUCCAUGUGCUACAGAGGCCAAAGCUGUUCACAUCUGUGUGCAACCAUCUGCUUCAAAUUGAAGUAAAAGCUGCAACU